GUCACGUGGAGAGGCGCAACACAAGUGGGGCAACCCCCCCUCCCUCGCAAACAUUCCCACUUUCCGGCGGGAAGCAGCAGGACGUGCACAACUGGAAUCAAAGCGAUCGUGUCUGCUCCGAAACUUGCAGGCGGGAUGCGCGUGCUCCUCCCGAAGGCCCCGUUCAAAAGGCCGGGGGGGGGGGCUCCUGUCUCCGUCCUGGGCCGCUUCUUCCUUCUGGCUCCGCCACCGAAGCCACGCGGGGGCUCCCCGGCAGCAGCGCAGCUUCGGGGGCUUCUCUGGAAAGCGGCUCGGCCUCCCCUCCAGCUCCUCCUCGCGGCCCUCGGCCAGGUGAGCCGAGCGCUCCUCCUCCCGCUCCCGCCCGCCGGAGGCUGAGCCGCUGGAGCUUCUGCUGCGAGGCGACGCUGCUGCUGCUGAGCGCGGCGGGAGGAGCAGGCGCAGGAGGAGGAAGUGCCGAGCAGGCCCCUCGCCAUGGUCGCCUUAAGCUGCUGAUGGCCAAGGAUGGAGGGGGUGAGGCCCUCACCGGGGACGAGGCGGGGGUCCCGACCGGAGGUGCUGCGGAAAUGCCGUGCGGCCUGGAUGAUGACGACGAGGUUUUUCUGGGCGCAGACCGCCAGGCGCCACGGCUCGGUUCAGCUAUGGCAGCCACGUUCCGCCACUGCAGCGUGGAUGAGCUUUAUGAGCUGCUGGAGAAGCUGGGCAGUGGGCACUUUGGCGUGGUCAGACGCUGCCAGGAGCGCCACACGGGGACCUUCUAUGCUGCCAAGUCCAUGAAAGUGAGGAGGCGCAAGGGAAGCCGCCUGGGCCUGGACCGCGAGCAGGUGGAGCGGGAGGUCUCCAUCCUGCAGCAGCUGCAGCACCCCAACAUUAUGCGCCUCCACGACAUCUUUGCCGGCAAGGCCGAGGUGGUGCUGAUCCUGGAGCUCAUCCACGGUGGGGAGCUGUUUGACUUCAUUGCUGAGAAGGAGCUCCUGACAGAGGCGGAAGCCAUUGAGUUCUUGCAGCAGAUCCUGCUGGGCGCGGCCUACAUGCAUUCCUGCCACAUUGCCCACUUUGACCUCAAGCCAGAGAACAUCAUGCUGUCUCAGAAGGGCACUCCAAACCCCCUGAUCAAGAUCAUUGAUUUUGGCCUAGCGCAGAAGCUUGAGGAAGGUGUGACCUUCAAAAGUCUGUGUGGCACUCCACAGUAUAUUGCUCCUGAAGUGAUCAACUAUGAGGCUCUGAGCUCAGCAACGGACAUGUGGAGCAUUGGUGUGAUUACCUACAUCUUGCUGAGUGGCAUGUCCCCAUUCCAGGGGGAGACGGACACAGAGACCCUCACCAACGUCGUCUCUGGCACCUAUGAGUUUGAGGACAAGUAUUUCAGCCAAACCUCCAAGAUGGCCAAGGACUUCAUCCGUCAGCUUCUGGUGAAGGAGCCAGGGAACCGAAUGACGGCUGCCAUGGGCCUCGUCCACCCCUGGAUCAAGCCUCUGACCCGGAAGCAGGCUGUGAACCGGAGCCGUUCCUCUAUCAACAUGAAGAAUUUCCGCAGGUUCAAUGCUCGCCGGAAGUGGAAGCUCUCCUACAACAUGGUGUCGGCGUGCAAUCGGCUGUGCCGGAUGGGCCUCCUUUGCCAGCAGAAGAAAGAGGAGGAGAGUCUGCGCGGCUGCGAGAGCGAUCAGGAGGGGGAGGCCAGCAGCCCCGUGACUCUGUUCCGGAGGCGAAGAAGCAGCUGCUCCUGAACUGGGGCCAAGCAGUGUCGUUGCCUGGGGACGUGCCCCAUUCCCACCCGCCCACCAUCCACUGACCCAGGAGGAGAGCAGGUGCGGCAGCUCAGUUCUGCAUGGAGAUCCUUCCACAAAGUCUUUUGCUUGCCUGAACAGCAAAAAACAGAAUCGGGCUGGUCUGAAGACACGGAAGCGGAAGGGUCCAGAGGAAGGAGGCUGCCCCCCAGUGUGUUCUAGCCUUUGCUGACCAGCCCACAGUCACUGUGACGUGGCCAGGAAGGGCACACGUCUGUGUGUGCGUGUGCCACAAAAGGAAUCCAGUACGAAACGUCUUCCUUCCUGUUUCAGCUAGGCAGGGAUCCCCUUUUGGUAGGCCACAUCCCUCCCCCGCUCCAGCACAGCACGCCAUUCUCUGCCCAUCCCUGUUACUUGUGUUUUAAUCUGACAGGCUGCAAUGGGCCCACUUGUUUUUGUUUAUCCUCUGUGUGUAUGUGUCUGUUUUUUUGUGGGGAGGAUUUACUUUCCCAGCCCUUUCUGUCCUACUGGGGGACUGGAAUGUCCCACCCACUUCUAGGGGUUCAUGACAAGAAAAGCCUCAAGUGGGUUCCUGGUUGAUUGUAAGUUUUUAAUCAUACAUAGAAAUAACUAUGUUCUUGUGAUUUUGCUCAACUUGGUUCAAGUUAAAAUGUCAAGCAUGUAAAUGUUGGUCUAGCGAAGUGGCUUUGAGAUCCAGAUGCGAUUCCCAAGGAAUUCUGGAUUCGGAUUCCACCGCUUUCUAGGAUUUCAGGAAAUGACUCUGGAGCAGCCCCCCUCCUGCCCUCUCUCCCAGCCAGUUUGAGAGAACUGCGCUUGCCUGCCUUGCAGGGUUGCAGGCAGGAUUGUGCGGAAGAGUUCAGUGGCCUCUCUGCGUUUGACUAGUGCAGCCGUGGGCCAGAGCCAGUGGCUCGGACCAAUGUGGCCCACCUAGCUCAGUACUGUCUAUGCUGACGGGCAGCAGCCCUCCAGGGUCCUGCAGGUGCUGGGGACUGAACCUGGGAGCUUCUGCCUGCAAAACAGGUGCUCUGCCACUGAGCUACCCACGGCCCUUCCCUUGUGACAUGAGGUGAUACGAUGCACCUGCCUCCCCCUGCCACUGUGUAGACAGGAGAGCAAGGGCCGGUGAGGCGGAGCGCAGUGAGCCACAUCCUCCCAAGCAGGGCAGCGGAGGACAAGGGGAGAUGCACCUUCAGGGGAGGCAAAGUCAUUCCAGAUGCUGCAGUGAGCACAGCUGGCCAGCAGGGGUCACUCCAGGACAAGGACAGAUCUUUAGGCUGAGGUUUGUUGGGGGGGAUUCAAAGAGGUCAGGAGGUUCAGCAUAAGAGGUCACUGUGGUCUUUUGGGGGUUAAAGACACCUGCACUGGUCAGAUUUUAACAGCAGAGGGCACUCCAGUGCAUACGGACUCUGGUCGUGAUGGUGGGAAUUGUGAACAGUAUUAACAACAUGUCUGGAGUUUUUUGUGUGAAUUUCCUCUGUCAAUGAUGUAAUUAUCACAGACUAUCCUUUCCUGCAUUUUAUGACAACCCCCCCCCCCAUGUAUGAAUGGUAUUUUCAUGGUUUUGUUUGAUAUAUUUUGUAUGUCUUAAAUUUUUGUACACACCACUUGUAACGUUUUGUAUUAAGCAGUUUAUAAAUCUUCACAAAUGAAAUAACACCACCUGACAGCUGAGGAUCUCACUCCAAUGCAUCUGUAGCCCACAAAAGCUGAUUAUGCCAUAAUAAAUUUGUUGUUUUUGA